UUGGAGGAAAUCAACUUCCGGGGGCAGAGGUGCUUGAAGCCGGGUGGUGCGUGGGCUAUCCCAACUUGUGUGGCUGGGGUCGCGUUCCCCCACGACGGGUUUGGGGUCGUGCCCCGGGUGUGCGCUUGCGGGGCCGUCUGCUGGGGUGGCUCACCUGGCUGUUUGGGUGAGCGGCGCGGAGGCGGCGGCGGCGGGAGCCAGAGCGGGGAGCAGGUUUCAGCCCUUGUACAUUCCAGAAUCCAAUAUUUCCGAACGUCUACGGACAAGUGCACGUGAUUAUUGUGUCACCGAAGCUCCCACCGAACAGAGACUUAGAUCCUUGCCAAGUUUUCACCGAUGGCGCCUGAUUUAUGUUUCCCCCUCUGCUUCGUUGUGUACACCGGCGUAAAAGCUCUACAACACCUGUCAGCCACAUUACCUUAUAGAUACUCUGGGCCACAUGUUGCUAUACAAGGGGCAUUUUGAGGUUACGGCAGGAGCCAGUAACUUUCCAAGUGGUGAGGCAUCCUUCAUCCCUAAGUUGGGGUGGCAGUGCAUUGGGCUGGAUGAGACCAUUUCCAUUAGUAAAUUGCAAGUGAAAUGUUAGCCUUGUUAUCAUUGACCAUGUGCAUCUCCUACCAAAAGAAGGCCUAGCUAAUGGAGAGGCCAGCCAAAUUGCCUUUUAUGUUGUGUCCAACCUUGUGGUGUACUUGAAGAAUGGAUGAUGAUGAUUUUGGUGGUUUUGAGGCUGCAGAGAUUUUUGAUGGUGGAAAUGGCGAAACCCAGACUACGUCUCCUGCUAUUCCUUGGGCUGCUUUUCCUACAGGUACUACUAUGCAUAUCUGGAGUCCAUCUUUCUCCAGCUUCUCCUGAGAUUAUACUGGACCAUGACCACUCUUCUCCUUCAGUUGGCUGCCUGUCUUCGGAACCCAUCAUUUCAUCACCAGAGAAUACACACACAGAUGACAGCAUUGUCAGUCAAACUGUUCCUAAAGCACAGAUUCAGCAAUCAACACACACUCAUCUGGAUAUCUCACUUUUUCCAUUGGGUUUAAAUGAUGAGAAAAGUAAUGGAACAAUUGCUCUGGUGGAUGAUUCUGAAGAUCUUGGAGCCAAUGUAUCAAACAUACAGCUUCAGCAGAAAAUUUCAAGUCUGGAGAUUAAACUCAAAGUUUCUGAAGAAGAAAAACAGAGGAUUAAAAAGGAUGUGGAAUCAUUGAUGGAAAAGCAUAGUGUCUUAGAAAAAGAUUUCCUUAAAGAAAAAGAGCAAGAGGCCAUUUCUUUUCAAGAUAGAUACAAAGAACUUCAGGACAAGCAUAAACAAGAAUUGGAAGACAUGAGGAAAGCUGGUCAUGAAGCUCUCAGCAUUAUUGUGGAUGAAUAUAAGGCACUACUGCAGUCUUCAGUUAAGCAACAAGUAGAAGCUAUUGAAAAACAGUACAUUUCUGCAAUUGAGAAACAAGCACACAAGUGUGAAGAGUUGUUAAAUACUCAGCAUCAGAGGCUCCUUGAAAUGCUAGAUACAGAGAAGGAACUGUUAAAAGAAAAGAUAAAGGAAGCUUUGAUUCAACAGUCUCAAGAACAGAAGGUAAUAUUGGAAAAAUGUUUAGAGGAAGAAAGGCAAAGAAAUAAAGAGGCUUUAUUAUCUGCUGCAAAGCUUGAGAAAGAAGCAAUGAAGGAUGCAGUUUUAAAAGCCAUAGAAGAAGAAAGAAAAAAUCUGGAAAAAGCCCAUGCUGAAGAAAGGGAGUUAUGGAAGACUGAACAUGCAAAAGAUCAAGAGGAAGUAUCUCAGGCAAUUCAGAAAGCAAUACAAGAACAGAGAAAAAUAAGUCAGGAAACUGUUAAGGCAGCAAUAAUAGAAGAGCAGAAGCGAAGUGAAAAGGCUGUGGAAGAGGCAGUGAAAAGAACAAGAGAUGAAUUGAUAGAGUAUGUAAAAGAACAGAAAAGAAUUCCUCUUACUCUUGGCCGAACUCUGCUGUUUCAGGGGCUUAAUGAUGAAAUAACCCCAACCGCAUCUCUUGAUCAAGUCAUCCGCCAAAGAAGCCUGUCCAGUUUGGAACUGUUCCUCUCUUGUGCUCAGAAACAGUUAAGUGCUUUAAUAGCUACAGAACCAGUUGACAUUGAAUAAAGAGAACAUGACAAGCAAACCCACACUGGCAAUGGAUAAAUCAUUAGACCUCUAAAAUACAUGCUGUGAAUUCUAAAGAUGCUUUUGUUUUCUUUCCAAACCUUGCAGAAUUCAUUUCCACUUCAAGGGUAAACUAAACCAAUAUUUAGAAGAACUAUCACAAGAUCUAAUUUAUUUUCUCUUGUUUUCUCCUUUACAUUUACUGUUAUUUUCAUAGUAGUAGGAGCAGCAGCAGCAACAGAAAAUAAAAUGUGACCCAAAAACCGUUGAAAAUUGCCACAUUACCAAAAGUUAAUUAAACUUCAUAUUCUCUGGUGGCCUAUUACAUAGUAUUUGGUAAAAGUAGUAAAUACCUUUACUUAUUGCUUCACAGUGGCUCCUGAUAAGAUUCUGGAAUGUAGCCAUACAUUUAUUUGAUUUUGCGGAUAAACAGCAUGGAUUUCCACAUCACUAAUUUAUCUGUGUAACUGGGAUAUAAAACACUGACGUGACAGAGUCAUUCUGAUAUUACCAAACCCCUUUUCUAUAGAGGGAUCUAUGUAUUUUCAUUGGUAGUGAUUAAAAAUACUGAACAUUAUUAUAUUAAUUCAGCUUUGAUCUGAUGUACCACUUAAAGGGGUAUGUGUGUGAUAUAUGCUUACUUCCUGUUUCUGUUCUUCGGAGUCACUAUAAUUCAAUAAAAUCAUUUUUCUUAUUAAUCCUAUCAUGAACUUAAUCUCUAGAAAGAUAAUAUAACUUAGCCAUUUGUAGGAAUUCAGGUACAAUAUAAAAGAUAUGAAAUCCUUUCCCAUUACUUCAUAAUGUAUUUAAAUUAUGAGCAGUGUACUUUAAUGCAAAAUCAUGAGUCUUUUUAACAUCAGAAUUAAAAUGCUGUCAUUAAAAUGUAUGCAAACAUUUUGUCUUGUUUUCUGAAAUGCUUCUAUUUCCAUGGGCUUUGUACUUUUCUGGGAUUUCUCAAUCUAAUAAAAAGAACUCCAAAAGCUUA